UAAACGUGGUUCUCUCUCUCUCUCUCUCUCUCUCUCUCGCUAGUUCUUCGUGGCUAUGGCGGCUGGAUUUGUGACGCGAUCCUUUGGCGCCGGCUCUCUAGUUCUAUCGCCACGCGAGGCCUGGAGCGCGAAACCUAGUGACUCCUGCCACUCCAAGUUCCCGGCGAUCAGAGCAUCGGUGACCAAGGUCAGGGAGGAGAUUGAUCCGUCUGGACUGAAGCAGCGGCAGGGAGAAGAGAGGAUUCCGGUGGGAGUGCUAGGAGCGAGUGGCUACACUGGAUCAGAGGUGAUACGAUUGUUGGCAACGCAUCCUUUUUUCAAUGUGAAGCUCAUGACCGCGGAUCGCAAGGCGGGUCAAUCGCUCGCUACGGUUUUCCCGCACUUGGUUAUCUCUCAGAGCUUGCCUGAUAUGGUGGCCGUGAAAGACGCGAAUUUCUCCGACGUCGAGGCCGUGUUUUGCUGCCUCCCGCAUGGAACAACUCAGGAAAUCAUCGCAGCUCUUCCCAAGAGAUUGAAAGUCGUCGAUCUCUCGGCUGACUUUCGCUUGGCAGACAUAAAAGAAUACGAGGAGUGGUAUGGCGGCUCGCAUCGCGCUCCAGAAUUGCAAGAAACAGCAGUCUACGGGCUAACGGAAAUCCACCGAGAAGAAAUCAAACAAGCCCGCUUGGUUGCAAAUCCAGGUUGCUAUCCGACGUCUGUACAAAUUCCCCUUGUCCCACUCCUCAAGAGCCAACUUAUAGAACCAGACCAUAUCAUCAUCGAUGCAAAAUCUGGAGUGAGCGGCGCAGGCCGCUCUGCAAAGGAAGCAAAUCUCUACACAGAAGUCGCAGAAGGCCUGCACGCUUACGGUGUCACCAGGCACCGCCAUGUGCCAGAGAUCGAGCAGGGCCUGGCACAAGCAGCUGGCUCCAAGCUCAAAGUCAGCUUCACACCACAUUUGAUGCCAAUGAGCCGAGGCAUGCAAUCGACCAUUUAUGUGAAGCUAAAAGCUGGCGCGAGCGCCAGAGAUUUGCGAAAGCACCUGGUGGAAACAUACCAGAGCGAGGAGUUUGUCAAAGUUCUCGGCGAGGGAAUCGUCCCACACACUCGCCACGCUCGAGGAUCAAACUACUGCUUCAUCAAUGUCUUUGAAGACAGGAUCUCUGCAAGAGCUAUCAUCAUCUCUGUGAUUGAUAAUCUCGUCAAAGGCGCGUCUGGCCAAGCUGUGCAAAACCUCAAUCUUAUGAUGGGCUUUCCAGAGAGUACCGGACUGUUGCAGCAACCUCUGUUUCCUUGAGCGAGACGUACAAACUUUUUGGUAUUUGUUUUUCGAAAGAUAGAAAACUUGCUUAAAUCUCGUCGAGCUCGGCUUCAAA